AUGGAAGACGGCCUACACCCGUACGGCGGACGACCUGCCGAGGAUGCUUGGGAGCAGGCAUAUCCCUUCAGCACUCAUCAGGCCGCCAUAAACUAUACGGCAUUUGGUGUAAAUCCUAGCAUGCUAAAUGGUUAUCACAACCAUUCCUCGUCACACCACCACGCGUACACCCAUGCCUAUCAUCACAACCAACCGACCCUUCCAUAUACCACUGAAGACGUCAAGCCCCAACCCUUCUACGCUGACUCACGAACCAGCCCUGCUAUUUCGCCCUUCACAUCACCCACAAGUUCACGCUCUUUGCACGCCCACUAUGCUGCGUUGACAGCGUACAAUGAGCAUGUAUAUGCUGCACGGCGUAAGGAUCACUUCGCGGCUGCCGCGCAGGCUGCAGAGGAGGAGGCGUUUUACAAAGCCGCAUUUCAUGAGAUGGUGUGCUUGCCGGACGACGAUGAAGAUGAGGUGGCAGAGGGUAACGCUGGAUUGAGCGAGGGGGCGAGCAGUACUACGGUCGAGAACAGCCCGAAGUCGGUAAUGGACCACGAGGAUGAGACACAUGGUCCUCCGGGGAUGCUUACGGUUCCCGGAGGAGGCACUCAUCAAGGACAUCUUGAGAUUCUUCAUUCCGAGGCGAAGGCAGCACUCUCUCAGCACGACCUGAGGUCGACCGUCGACGCCACUACUGGUGCAGGAACUGUGGUGGCAGAUGAAGCCACCUUAUCCGACAAAGAUGUUGAUGCAAUCUGCCUUGUCGACGAGCCUACACUGUCUGUUCAAGAUCUACCCACAUCACCGACGACUGCAACUGUCGUUACAGCGGAACAGUCCCGACUCGAAACUGCUAUACCACUUCCUGUCGCCUUAUCCGCCGCGCCAACAUCUUCUGAGUCAGCUUUAACAAGCAGUGACGAUGCCUCGGUCGUUCCUUCAUGGAUGGUUGGUCAGUCGACAGCGAAGGUAGAUGGGCGAGGUGACGAUGACGAGCAGUCUGAACCUUCACAUGGUGAAGAUAAUGAACCACAGAACUCGAGCAUCGCUCCAUCUGUUAAAGAGGAGCCUGCAAGUCCUAUAGUUGUCGAUAGAUCCCUUCCGACGGUCCUCGAUCUGCUUGAUUCUCCCUUAUCACCCUGCGUCCCGAGCUCGUCAAGGUUGCCAAAAGCGAAUGACGACCACCCAACAAGAGACGAUGUUGAAGCUGAUGUAGCUUCAACCUCGAAAGAGAGAUCUGCCACGCCUGCACCAUCCCCCACGCGCUCCGCCAUAGCGUAUACGAUGUCCGUGGUACCACCGGAAGAGACGCCCUCACCCCUCACCCCUUUGGAUAUCGCCUCUGUCGCGGCUGCGCAAGAGCGAUCCCUCACCCCCAAGCCUUCAACUACCCGCGCAGCACUUGCACCGACACCACCUCUUCCUCAGAACUUGCCGAACGCCAGCGUCACGACUCCUGUCUCCCUACCGAAUAGCUCCCCAACACCACCAGCGACUGGCAACGCAGGCGAGACACGAAGAGGCUCCACGGAUUCUACCAGGAGUGCUGGGCAGCGUGUUACCGCAUAUUCUUCAGAAGAUGACACGGAGCUGUGCGGAUUGUCGAUGCUGGCAGAAGUCGCCCUGGUGCACUUGUCACCAACAGAGCGCAUUGAACAAACCCCGCAAGUAGACUUAAGCAACGCCACUGCGGUAGUUGCUACGGAAGAGGACACUAGCGCAACUCUCACAGCGAUGGAGACGGAGAGGACGAUGAUACAGUUCGUUCCCAUCGAAGUCGCAGAACAGCCGUGGGUGGCGUCGGAGGAUCAAGAGCACUCAAGUAGCCUUGCUGGUCAGGAUGAUCCCGUCGCAGAUAUCGCAUCAACAGCACCAGCUGUCUCCGAUCUCCCUUUGAACCCCCCCUUGUUCUCCACACCGAUAUCCCAAAGAGCUCGUCCAAUCAGCUCCUUACCAGCUUCCGAAGCGGCCAUCGAGAGAGCUCUUGCCCAAUCCCCUCAAUCGUCACCAUUACCAUCGUCACAAACCCCGACCCGCAGCUUCCGGGCUAUAUUCGCCAACAUCCCUUCCUCAUCUCCAUCUACUGCAAGAGCUGCAUACUUUUCUGACGAAGAGUCGAAUGAAGACGUCGCUUCUGAAGAGUCAGAAACAGAUGACGACACUCUGUCAGAAGACUCUAUGAUGCACAUGUACACUAUGAACACCGUGGCACGGGAUGUUCAUGGAGAUGUUGAGACUCCACUACCGCUCGAGGUUGAAGAGCAACUUCCUGAGCCUGGGGACGACCUGACAAUAGCUCCUAGUCAGGUGGUCGAUGGCAUCCCGGAGGAUAACUCUCAGCCAUGUCUUGAAGAGCUAGGUUCACCUGCUCCUGAAGACAUAGUUACCUCUGUCAAGGAAUCCUUUGUCCCAUCUGCUGUUGAAGACUUUCCGUCUGCCAGCGAAGAGGCAUAUCCCCUUCCUGUUGGAGAAGUCGACUCGCCUCUUUCAGAAGAAGACUUCUCCACCGGCGUCCCAGAUACAGAGGGUCAUGUGCAUGAGGAAUCAGCUGUGCUCCCAGUGCCAGUAGAGGAUGCGGACAUCCCUGCUACACCAAAGGGUAUUUCGGCUUCAGCACCCGAAGAACCUGAACUUAUCCCUGUGGUCGCUGAACUCGUGGAGCCUACGAUUCAGCUGGAUAUCGUUUCAGACGCGGCUGUAGAAGAAGAAGCAUCUUUGUCUACUGUCGAGGAGAUAGAAGAGUCUGCUGCGCAUCUCGACGCCAUCUUGGUUCUAAAUGCGGAGGAAAUCGAACCUGUACCUGUGGUUGACGACCCUGCGGAAGCUGCUGUUGUCCUGGACGCAGCACCAGCUUUGACUCUCGAAGAAUUUAAAGUUUUGCAUGUGGUCGACGAGCCCGUUGCUCAUCUGGACGCUAUCUCGGCUCCUGCCGUAGACGACGUUGAACCUUUGCCUGUGGUGGACGAAUCGGUGGAGUCCGCUGUUCUUCUGGGCGAGAUACCGGCUUCGACUGUUGAAAAUCAUGGACCUUUGCCUAUUGUCGCCAAGCCCGAUGUUCAUUUGGAUAUCAUCUCGGCUUCGGCUGUAAAGGAAGUCGAACCUAUACGUGUGGUCGACGAGCCUCUGGAGUCUGCUGUUCUCCUGGACGUGAUUACGUCUUCAACUGUCGACGAAUCUGGACCGUUGCCUGUGGUAGACGAGCCCAUUGCUCAUCCGAGCGCUUUCUCGGCUUCAGUCAUAGAAGAAGUCAAGCCUCUUCCUCUGGUCGAGGAGCCUGUGGAGCCUGCUAUUGUUUCAGAUACCGUCUCAGCUUCGACUGCAGCUGAAUCUGAACCUUUGUCUGUGGUCGACGAGCCUGCCGUUCAUCUGGAUACCGACUGGGCUCCGCCCAUGGAAGACGCCGAACCUUUACUUGCAGACGACGGAUCCGUGGAGCCUUCCGCUGAUCUAAACACCGUUUUGACUUGGACUGCAGAAGAACCAGAACUUUUGCCUGUGAACGAAGAGCGGGACGACCCUACCGCUCAUCUGGACCCCAUUCGGGCACCGGCUGUGGAAGAACCAGUACCUUUGUCUGUGGUCGACGCACCCGUGGAGCCUACUGUUCAACUGGAAACCAAUUCGGCAUCGACUGCAGAAGAAGAUGCGCCUUUACCCGUGGUAAACGAACUCGUCAAGCCCGUUCAGGAAACGGUGGCUGUUGCCAAAACGGCUGAGGCGGAACUCGAAGAGUUGUUUGCAUCGCCGGAUGAGGCAACAGUCGUCUCUACACACGCAGAAGCGCCCACAAAAGUCACAAGACUGGUUCUUGAUUACAUUCAAAUGCCUCCCGUACCUCCUGAACACCGUAGACGUCCUACUGCCGUUAAGGCUCGCCGCUCGACCGAAGCUCUGGCGUCAAGUGGACCCAAGGCCCCGGCUCUGAGCUCAUCCAAGCCCUUGCAUAUCUCCCCAUCACUCGCAAAGGCGAAACCAUUGCAUCUUCGCGCACUAAAACGUGCCCGUGAUUCCGCUCCGAUAGAAACACCCUCGCGGCCUCUUAAGCGCCUGCGUGUAGCGCCAACUCCUCUUGCAAUUAUACCUUCAACGAAGUUGGCAAGCAGCGAGCCAGCAAGUUCCUCGCCUUCCACACUGGAUUCCCCCACUCUCCAUCUCCGUAGAGGGCCGAGAACAACAAACAAACUCCUACCUCGGCCAUCUCGUUUGCGUCUGGGCUCGCCAAGAGUUCUACCGAGCCCCUCGUCCGCCGGUUCCGACUCUACGCCUGAGGUACAUCGCCACAGACCGUUUAAAGAUAUGUCAUCUGAGACUAGACGACCCCAAGCCAGACCCAAGAAUACUUUUGCCCCGUUACCAUCUCGCCCUUCCGUACCGCCAUUGCCCUUUUCACGCGGUGGGCCAUUCAAAGAUACGCCAUCCAUUGGACACGCCUACCCAAGACCCACAAGCAUCCUCGCGCACCCCACAUCCCAUUAUUCGGGCCCAUCAUUACCGGCGUCACGUCAUGCCUCGUCUUCUUACUCCCAAUCAGCUGUGAAGCAAUGGGGCAGAAGUGUUUCCAGCCAUGUUCCUCAUGUCCGAGAGGCAGAAAGACCAUCAAAGCUAUCAAGAGUGCCUUCCUCUCUAUCGAAGACGGCUCCAUCUCGAUUGACUCUCAUAGAGCCGGGGCCUUCGAAAAGAAGGCAAAGUCCCCCACCGCCAGUAGAGCCGCCCCGUCAAAAGCGUGUCCGCAUUGAAGAGGACCCAAACAAGCCGUACGUUAUUACACGUGUGGACAAGCCAAAGACGCGAAACACGCUCCUGCCACGACCUGUCGAGCCCGCCAAGAUCAAGCAAGAAGUGGAGACCAUCAUCGUACCUUCUCAUCUUGCGAACGGGGUGAUCGACCUUGCCGAUGAUAGUUCAGAAGACGAACUGGGAAGAUGGGACGACGUUGGCAUGUCCUUCGUCGUGAGCAGUUCUGCAAAGGUUGCAUACUCGAACACCAAAUCAAGGCGCGAGGCUCGACAUUCUUGGCCAGCAGCGAAAAGGUCUACAAACGCCUAUAAGGAGAACAGAGAAGAGAGAGGAAGAUCCUCAUCUACCCAGGAAUGGUCCGAUGAGGACGACUUGAAUCAGGAUCUCCGGCCGGUCAUGCGCAGUGCCCAGGCGCGCCAGUUGGAGCCGAAAUCGAUCUUGAAGCGCCCGCGGCGGGGUUGGCUGCACGACCCAGCGGCUCAGUCUGGGUAAGAGAGGCAGCAACACUGCUGUCCUCACUUGUGGCCUGCGACACCUAGAGCUCUUAGACGCGAUUGACGUUGGACAGUGUACUAUUAUUGUGAUUUUGCCCAUCGAGGAUCCACGCGUCUCAUGUUUAUGUCCACGUAUUAUUAUGCUUAUGCAAACCCU